AGCAACGGACGCGAUAUGGAGAGCCAUCGGAAAAAGCGUCACGACAAAUAUGGCGCAGUUGGAGAACCCGACGCUCCUGUUAGAAAAUGUAAGAAAAAAAACGAAAAAUUGGAUACGGUCCUAAAAGAGCUUGCUGAGUUAAAGUCUAGCAACGUAGAGUUGAAUAAUGAAUUGAGUAAAGCACGUGAAACAAUUUUAUCGCUUCAAACAAGUUUGAAUACACCAAGAAGCAUAAGCAGCGAGAUAAAUAGUGUAGAUUUCAUAGACGAUGUUGGCCCAACCAGUACACAGUGGCAAGGUACCAAGGGCAGUGCAGAAAUGACACGAUUCAUGUCGUCGGUGAAGCAGAUGUCUGUUUCCGCGAUUACCGUUCCAGAAUGCAAGCCGUCCUGCGACGGUGAUGUAAUCGGUAGGCACGAUUUCGAAAUAUGGAAAGAUUUAUUGAUAGAUACAAUGAAAUUAGCGGCAGUCGUUGAUGAAGCCACUCAGUUUACUGUGUUUAAAGUUAAAGCAGGCCAACGGCUCCUGGACAUAUUCAGGAAUACAAAGUCGACUCCAGACGCACCGAAUCAGGAUACUCAUCCUUUUUCAAACGCUUUAUGGCGCUUAAAAACAUAUUUCGGAUCAGGCUCGGACUAAUGCUUCAGCGUCGGAAGCUAAACCUUAUGAACCAGAAACCUGAGGAAACGGACCUUGCGUUUCUCAUGCGAGUAGGAGUAACAGCGCGUUUGUGCGAGUUUAGCGAGAGUAAGGAACUUGAGGAAAUUGUAUCCUGUGUAGCAGAACAUUCGAGAUGUCGCGAAGUUCGCACGAUGGCACUUAAAAUGCUUAGCCGCAAAGGCUCUUUUGCAGAGCUUGUUGACAAAGUCCGAGAAA